ACACUUUGACUCGGGAGCAGCCGGCGAGAGACCAGACUUGGAAAAUUCUCGCAGCCAAUGGGACGCUGAGCGUGUGCGCCUUUUUAUACAGCGCCCGCCGCGCGCGUGUUGACAGUGUCAUUUAAUUUGGCAAUCGGCUUUAAUCACAGCAUUAAUUAUUCUUCACGCAUUCUCUCUGGGGGAGGGCAAUCGCAUGCUACAGUAUCUCAGCCCAUGUUUGCCAGGCUUUUGAAAUGUCUCACUGUGUGCCAAUCUAUUUGCUCAUAUCCUAGAUAUGGCGUUAUAAUGGUUUACAUCACACAGGUGUGGGCUGGGAACAGGAGGGACGCACAAGUUGAACAAACACCUGCAUUUGGGUUGUUGUUUUUUUUUUAAACGAAGCACACGUCAACCUAACACAGCAGUUGGGUGAGCUGCAGACAGGUGAGGUAUCAAGAGAACCUGCCCAUCUAUUAAUUAAGUGACUAGACCUCCAAAUUAUCAAACCACCUGAGCUGAUGAAUGGCGGCCUUCCAAAUCUGUCCAGUGACUAACUACUACCAAAGGAUCCUUCUACCGGUGUCCUACAGUCUUGUGUUUCUGCUGGGCUUGAGUUUAAACGGUGCCCUGCUGUGGUGUGUGUGCUGUCGGACGCGCCGCUGGAGCAGCACUGUCAUCUACAUGACCAACCUCGCCGUGGCGGAUCUCCUCUAUGUGCUGGCCUUGCCCCCUCUCAUCAUCAGCAAUGCCAUGGGCGGCCUGUGGCCCUUCGGCAACAUCAUCUGCAAAACAGUCAGAUUUUUCUUUUUUGUCAACCUCCACUGUAGCAUGAUGUUUCUCACCUGCGUCAGCGUGCACCGUUUCCUUGGAGUGUGCUUCCCCAUCGCCGCUGUGCGCCUCAGGACCAGAAAACUCGCCCUCUUUGCGUCGGGCUCGGUUUGGAUCCUGGCCACUGCAGAGAUUUUACCGACACUAGUCUUUGCGCACACGGGUGUGAUUAACAACAUGACUGUAUGCUUUGAAAUGACGAACCCGGGGCAAUUUCAGGUUUACUUCCCCUAUGGGCUGUUUUUAGCCAUAGUGGGCUUUCUGAUCCCAUUCCUGGUCGUUAUCAUCUGUUACUGCUCCAUGAUUAAGGCGCUUUAUUGUAGGGUCGCGGACAGCAUCUCUAAUGCCAGGACAGCUCGUAUGCGCAACAAGUCCCUGUACACCCUCUUAGUUGUGUGUCUCAUGUUUGUGGUGUGUUUUGUGCCUUAUCACAUUGCUCGGACCGUCUACUUGUUUGUAAGGGUAUACAUGCCCGGAGACUGUCGUCUUCUGAACGUGGUCAUGAUCUCCUCCAACAUCUGGAAGCCCGUGGUCAGUUUUAACUGCUGCGCAAAUCCUCUCCUCUACUUUUGGGGCUGUGAUCGGUACCGUCAGAAGCUCCGGGCCUGGCUGUGGAGGAGGAAGAAGAGAGUGCAGCCCAGCGUGUGUCUGGUGGAUGUAGGCAGCAUAAACAGGACCGGAGUGUAGAGAGCAUCCAUCAGAGG